AAAAGGGAUAACCGUGCAGAACCAUCGAUCUUGUAUAAAAGAUCCUGGCCGUCAAUUUUCCCUAACCAAACGUGUGAACAUAAAAAUAUAAUAGAAAAUUACACAAGCUUCGAUCUGAAUCAUAUAGGGACCAGAGAUGAGAAAACAUUAAAAAGAGUGAGAGCUUCAAAAAAAAAUUUAGUCAACAAGAAGAUGAGUUUUUCUUCUAGACCCAUUUCGAGUCCGGGUCGAACCGAAAACCCGGCUCUACUUAUGCGGUUUUUGCGGACCAACGCCGGAAGCAGAAGCAGACACCGUUCCCGUUCUCGUCCCCGUUCAAGAAGACCUAUAUUUUUUCGGCGAAAAAACGCGACGGAGACGCAAGAACCCUCUUCGCCUAAGGUCACAUGCAUGGGCCAAGUAAGGAUAACCCGGUCGAAGAAACCCAAACCCGGAACUAACCGGGUCAACGGAGGUCACUUGCAUGGCGGUGCAACGGAGAGCCGUCGACGGUGUGGAUGGGUCAAGAACGCGUUUUCGUGCCACCCUUUCUCCGGGAAACUGAAACCGACUUGCUUUAGCCCCGCUUGGCGCAAGUGGAAGUCGUUUACUAAUGUUAGUUUCUCGAGAAAGUCAGAGAAGAGAUCAAGCUCGUCGAGGAGUGAGCCUAUCUUUAGCCGGUCAACGGUGGAGCCAGAAGAACGAGAGGAGGUUCGAAAGAAAGAACGUAAAGAAGAAGAAGAAGAUGAGGCAGAUUCAGACAAGUCAUUCCCAGCUACGCCGCCGAGAAACGCUUUCUUACUAACACGAUGCAGAUCUGCACCGUAUAGAUCUCCUUCAUUGGGUGAUAACUUUUUGGAAGAAGAGACAAAGGAAUCUCACUUCCAACGACAUGGUAAUGACGUCACUGCAUCGCCGGAUAAUGUGUCGGUUUCGAGUGUUACGGAAGAAGUGAAACGUUGCGUUUUGGGGACGCCACGACGACGGUGUAUGGUACUCACGCGCUGUAAGUCGGAGCCUGCGAGGCUCGGAGAGAAACUCGUACCGGAGAACCGAAGGUUGGGCUAUACGUAAUAAUGGGUUUUACAUUUUUUUUUUUUUUCUUGUAUUUUCUUGAGAAAGUUAAAUGAAUACUUAUAUUCUUUGUUGGGUUUUUUUACUUUGGAAAAGUUUCGCUGAAGUUCAGGGCAUUAAAAGUUUGUUUACCCUAGAGAAUCUUGUGGUUCCCUGCAGGCGAUGUAA